AUGUCCUCCAAACUUUUCGAGCCCCUUCAGGUCGGCACGAUCAAUCUCGAUCAUCGAGUCAUAAUGGCACCACUCACCCGUUUUCGCGCGGAUUCGCAACAUGUCCCACUUUCUAUGGCCACAACCUAUUAUGUGCAACGUGCUUCAGUCCCAGGCACCAUGAUCAUAGCCGAAGCAACAAUAAUCUCACCAUCAGCCGGCGGACUUCCUCAUGCGCCCGGGAUAUGGAGCGAAGGACAAAUUAAGGGCUGGAAGAAGAUUACCGAUGCACUAAUUGCUGUCGGCAGAGCCGCUGACCCGGCACAAUUGCAAGCAGACGGUGGCUAUGUUCUGCAUGCUCCUAGUCCUAUUCCCAUUGAGCCCGGCAUGCCCGUUCCCAAAGAGCUGGACGAAUAUGAGGUGCAACAGAUCAUUGGUGACUUUGCAACAGCCGCGAAAAACGCUAUUCGUGCUGGUUUUGAUGGCGUUGAGAUCCACGGGGCUAAUGGAUAUUUGGUCGACCAGUUUCUCCAAGACGUUUCGAAUAAGAGAAACGACCAGUGGGGUGGUAGUAUCCCAAAUAGAGCGCGAUUCGGCUUGGAGGUCGCCAAAGCAGUAGCCGAUGCUAUCGGCGCUGAGCGUGUUGGCUUUCGCGUUAGUCCUUGGAACACAUGGCAGAGCAUGAAGAUGGUCGACCCGGUGCCUCAAUUCGCCUACUUUGUGGAGCGCCUGCAACAGCUCAAACUGGCUUAUCUCCAUGUCAUUGAGUCUCGUGUCAUCAAUAACAUAGACUGUGAAAAGGAGGGCAGUAUCAAGUUUCUACUCGAUAUUUGGGGAAAUUCGGCGCCUGUCAUUGUUGCCGGUGGAUAUAAACCACAGAACGUUGAAACUGCCAUGGAAGAAGAAUACAAGGAUCACCAGAUCGCAAUCGCCUUUGGGCGGCACUUUAUCGCCAAUCAUGACUUGCCUUUUCGCAUUCGUCAAAGUAUCCCUCUAAAUCCCUACCACCGAGAGAGUUUCUAUACGCCCAUGCAAGAGGAUGGCUACACGAACUACCCCUUCAAUGCAGAAUUUAUAGAGAACAGGAUACAAUGCUGA